AUGGCACCAAUUCAGUUUCAUCCGAAUCAAGUUUUCGAUGAAACCAAACAUAUUGUGGAUCCAAUUGCUAAAAAAUAUCUUGAGAAAGCGACUAAUGAUGUACAUCAUCUUAUUCCGGUCAAAGUUGCUGAUGACGGAAACUGUUUAUACCAUUCAAUUCUUCUAUUAAUGAAUAAUCCAACGGUGAUGACGGAUGAAUUGCGCGUUCGAACAAUUAUCGAACUUAUGACAAAUGAAGCUUAUUAUGAUAGCAUGUAUUCACAAUUCAUUGGAUCUGUUGCAUUUAUUAUCAAGGCUAUGUGCAAAAAUAAUACAUUUUCAGAAUUGUAUGAAAUUAGUGCAUUAUGCAAUGUACUUAAAUGUAAUAUAAGAAGUAUCUAUCCAAAAAUCGAUUUUCGAGAAGAUAUGAACAUUUUGAAUAACGUAUUUACGCCUGCUCCACCUGUCAUUGCCAACUGUAACAUCGAAAUUUUGUGGUCUCAUGUCUUGAACGAAACAGCUGCACCAGCUGCAAAUAAUGGCGCAUGGAGUCCCAAUCAUUUUGUUCCUCUUCUAUCAUCAGCAAUGCAUUACACAUCUGAAUAUGAAAAUAAAUCACCAACGUUUCCUACUCCUGAAAAGAAAACGUUUAAGAAUAAUACUCCUACUCGAAUACGAAGUCCUGAAUUUGAAUGUUCUCCUAGCAGCCGUCGACGUAUCGAUAACAUGGGAAUGUACUCCACUCAAUCAAUCAGUUCAAGUGUACUACAACAAAGUCAAAGUGACAUAGAAGAGCAACGUCGAGUGCGGCUUGAUGCACAAAAAGAACGAGCGCGAUCUAGCCGAAUGAACGAAACAGAAGAACACCGUCAACUUCGCCUUGAAAAGCAAAAAACACGAAAUCAAUCGAAUGAAACAAUAGAACAACGUCAAAUUCGACUUGAAAAACAAAAAACACGAACUCAAUCGAAUCGUUCAAAUGAAACAGAACAACAACGUCAAAUUCGACUUGAGAAGCAAAGGAAACGAAGCGAAGCAAGCAGAGUGAAGAAGAAAUUUGAAAAACACACAUUUGAUAACAUUGAUAUUCAUCGACAAAAUAUCGAAAUACAAUUUAGCGAAGCGGAAGAAGAAGCAUCAUUGGAUAAUAGCAGCACAAAUGAAAACAUCAUAAAGAAAAAGAACGACUCAAAUUAUUCCUGUUGGCCUGAACCGAUUCCUCGUGAAUUAAAAGAGGCCCGAUUGCAAAAGUUUCUUCAACAGAUGUCUAUGUCAGUACUAGCUGAUGCUACUUGUGCAAUUUGCAACGUUCAUACUCCAAUACAACAGUCAAAAAAAGUGCCACUCUCAAAAAUUCCUAAUAUUCAUUUACUUAAAGUUUCUGAUGAACUCAAAAAUUUAAUUACUAAUGGUCCAUCAUCGUUAUCACAACAUUUAGACGGUAACAGCACAGCAAUUAUUCAAAAUAUUCAAAUUCCUUCAACUUUCGAUUCUUCAUCAUUUCAUUAUGAUAAUAGUGUUAUCUUAUAUACCAAUGGAUUAUUUCAACAAAACAAGGUGAACAUGUGCAUACUUUGCCAAAAAUGUCACAUUUCUCUGUCGAAUGGACAAAUUCCUAAAUUCUCAGCUGCCAACAAUAUGUGGUUAGGUGACGUACCAUCUGAAUUACAAGGAUUGACAAUUCCAGAAGAAAAAUUGAUAUCACUCUAUCGUCACAACAGCUGUAUAAUAAAACUUCAUUCGCCUUUCCAUUCAACUACAACUGCCCAGACAGCAUUGAAAGGCAACUGUAUUACUUUUCUUCAAAAUGUACCAAAUAUUGUUAAUAGUUUACCACUUACACUUAACGAGCUGUGUGAUACACUUAAAGUAAUUUUCGUCGGAGCUCAUCCUCCUGAACGCAUUCAACUUAAAAAAGUGCUUACAGUACGCAAGAAGAAAAUUAUCGAAGCAUUAUAUUGGCUGAAGAAACACAACGUACUUUAUCAAAAUGUUGAUAUAAAUCUGAAGAAUAUUGCUCAAUUACCUGAAGACGAUGUACCAGAAUGUAUUAUGUCAACGAUGGAACAGAAGAUAGGCGAUGAAGAAAUUCAAUCUGAAAGAAUUGGAUAUAUUCCUGAUCCAUUAUCUGACCCAAUAGAACGUACUAGUACAGAUAGUAUUCCUAUUACUAACGGUUCGGAAUCCAACAGUGCAUUAAAUAAAUUAUUGCAUCAUAUUAAAACCAUCGGUGGUCGAGUUAUGGGUUCAGCAUAUUCACGUACGGCAUUACGUACACGUAUUCAUGCAUUAAUCUAUAAUCAAGGGUUACCAAGCAUUUUUUUAACUUUAAAUCCAGCUGAUAUUCACAGUCCCGUGGCAUUAUAUUUUGCGGGAGUCAAGUUGGAUUUAGAUAAUAUUCAAUUAGCGCAACUGAUGACUACUUACAAAAGAGCCGAAAUUAUAGCUUCUCAUCCUGUUGCUACCGCAAAAUUUUUUCAUUUAUUAAUUUCAAAUAUCUUAAAUACUAUGAUUAGUGGUGGUGUUCUUGGACCAAUAAAAGCUUAUUUUGGUACUAUUGAAAGUCAAGGACGAGGUUCGCUUCAUUUGCAUCUUCUUAUUUGGCUUGACCAUGAAAUGAAACCAGUUGAUAUGAAAGAGAAGAUUCAAAAUGCUGAUUUUCGUGAAAAGUUAAAGGCAUAUUUAGAAGAUAUUAUCAAAGAAGAUUUGGAUGAAUUCAAAGACAAACAUGUCUUUGAGAAUUUAGACGGUAUGGAACGUUUUGCUUUUAU